AAAUGUGUAUAAGAUUACUGCUCCAGACAGAGACAAACCAAAGCUGAACAAAAUAAGACUGAUGUUUCUGUCCAGCAAGCGCUUUCAUUUCUCCAGGGAAUAAUAUAUUUUUUUUAUAUAUUUUAGUAAAAGCUAUUUCUGCUUUUCUGUCAAUUCCAAAUUUUCACUUUUGGUAUUGUAAAAUGCAGUUUGAAUGUUGUAGAAAUAUUUUUAAAAAUCUGCAUACAUCCUCAAAAGUUCCAUAUUCACAUCGAAUUAAGCAGAAGUUUUUGUAGCUGUCUGCAGACGUCUUAAAAAUAUGUCACAAUUUCCUUGACAUACUCAUCCAUUCCUACUAUAGUUUUAUGCACAUCUGUCCAAAGUGUACAAAGAUUCAGUUCCUGAAUUUUUGACUUCUUCUUUCUGAUCCCUCGUCGUUUCAGACUCAGUGGCUGAGCCGAUGCUUUUUUGAGCUGAGUGUGCUCUUGGAUGAUUUCAGUCGUUCUGCUGCCUCUUUGUUUUCUGCAAGCAUGGAUCCAACAGCAACAACAACUGAUUAUUAUGAUGGUAGUGACGACGAUUAUGACAAUAAUCCAGGAACUGAGGAGGUGAUUGCAACUCCAUGCAAUCAAGAGAGCAUCUAUGGUUUUGCUAGGAACUACUCCCCCAUUGUGUACUGCCUGGUGUUUGUCCUGGCUGUUGUUGGCAAUGUCUUGGUGUUGUGUGUGAUCAGACGCUACAGAAACUCCCAGAGCGGAGGAGCCUGCGCCUUCUCCCUGACAGACACCUUCCUCCUUCACCUGGCCAUUUCUGACCUCCUGCUGGCCUUCACUCUGCCCCUGUUUGCAGUGCAGUGGGCCAAUCAGUGGGUGUUUGGCACAGCAGUUUGCAAGAUUUCUGGUGCUCUCUUCUCCUUGAACCGCUACAGCGGCAUCCUCUUCCUGGCUUGCAUCAGCUUCGACCGUUACCUGGCCAUCGUUCACGCCGUCAGGUCAGGGUGGAAACGCAACACCUGCCACGCUCAGCUUGCAUGUGCAACCAUCUGGGUGGUGUGCCUCGGCCUGAGCGGAGUUGACAUUGCAUUCAAACAAGUGGUGCCAGUGGGCCAUAACGACGACGAGAGGAUGCAGGUGUGCCAAAUAUGGUUCACAGCGAAUUCCGACCAGUGGCAGGUGAGCCUGCAGCUUGUCAGCUUGAGUCUGGGUUUUGGUCUUCCCCUGCUCGUCAUGCUCUACUGCUACGUCCAGAUCUUCAGGUCUCUGUGCAACGCCACCCGUCGUCAAAGGCGCAAGUCUCUCCGUCUCAUCAUCUCGUUGGUAUCUGUGUUCGUCAUCUGCUGGGCUCCGUACAACUGCUUCCAGCUGGCAGACAGCCUGCAGAAGCUGCGUGUGGUGGCUGGGGGCUGCGAUUUUAACCAAGUGCUGGACAUUGGGAUCCUGAUCACUGAAAGCGUGGGGCUUUCACACUGUGCCCUGAACCCUCUGCUGUACGGCUUUGUUGGGGUGAAGUUCAGGAGGGAGCUGCUGAAAAUGUGCAAGGAGAUGCUUGGGCAGAAAGGCUGGGUGGGAAUUGAAAGGUUGAAGAAUAGAAGAUCUAGAAAAAGCACCGGGUCUCUAACAUCUGCAGAAAGUGAACAAACCUCCUACUCCGUCAUGAUCUGAUAUCGGUUAGAGAUGAAGAGAUAAAUGUGGCUGAGUGGUGGAGAGUGGGUUUUGACAUAUAGAAACUUCAGAAAAUGUUCUCAGUGACAACAUUUUAUGUUUAUCUAACAUUGGUGCUUAAAAGUCAGCGUAGUUCUCUUCAUGUUGUUUUUUUAUGUCUUACUGUCAACAUUGUGGUACUGCAUAGAUUGUACAAGCUGAUGUUGUAUAGCGUUUCUGGGAACGUGCAGAUUUUUCUGUCCAUGGGUUACAUCUUGAGAAAUAUGGGGAUUUCUUCAUACUUCUUAAAAAAGCUUGUUCAGCAGUUUAAAGCCUGACCUCACUCAGCAUUCAGACUGUCACAAUUUAUUGCUUGUUCAAUUCUCAGGAGGUUCACCUGUAUAUAUUAAACUGCUGGAUGUGUUAAAGGUUUAUCUUACUAUUUUUCAUUAGAUGUUUUUUUUUUCUUUUUUUUUGUCUCAGACAGAUAUGUAGAACAUAAAACUUUGCUGUAAAAGAGGAAAUGAACCUGGAUUUUGUACAUAUUAAAGUUUCCCUAUGUUUUUUAUGGAUGAUUUCUUUGAAAUAAAUGUUUUGCAAUUAAGA